AAAAUCCAAAGUGGAGCCAAACGAGACAUUAUUAUAUUAUAUUGUCCACAAAUCAAGGGUUAAAACAGUGGCUUGUUUGUCCGAUCAUCUUCUUUCUCUUUUUUGGAAUCUUGUCUUUUUGAAGAAAAAUGGUGGAAUCAAAGAAGAAGAUGUUAGCCUAUGAAGAAAGCAGAUUGAAGAGAUUGGAAGAGAACAAGAAGAGAAUGGAAGACCUUAAUCUCACUAAGCUCGCUCAAGCUGUUCGUAAUGCUACUUCCCCUAAGCCCUCUCCUAUGAAGAAGAUGAAGCCGCGGGUUAAGCAGGAGGUGGAUAAAUCUACUGUGAGAAGGUCUAAUCGUGUUGCUGAUAAGCCUGCUCCAAACUAUAGAGAAGUUCCUGUUGAACCUAUGGAAAGACCAAGGAGCUACCAGCGAAGGGAUUUGUUAAAUCGCGUAUAUGCAGCAGAUGAAGAUAGGCGGUAUGCUAUAGAAAGAGCAGAGCAGUUAGAAUCGGAGAUAGGUGCUGAUUUCCCAAGUUUUGUGAAACCUAUGCUGCAAUCACAUGUAACUGGUGGGUUUUGGCUGGGUCUUCCUAAUCACUUUUGCAAGAGACAUCUCCCUAAACGGGAUGAAUAUAUCACCUUGAUUGAUGAGAAUGGAGAUGAAUCUGAGACAAAAUACCUUGCAUUAAAGUCAGGGCUGAGUGGUGGAUGGAGGGGUUUCGCCAUUGAUCAUGAAUUAGUUGACGGCGAUGCACUGGUUUUUCAGUUGAUUGCGCCAACAAGAUUUAAGGUUUACAUCAUAAGGGUUAACCAAGCGGAAGAUUAGGAGAAGAAGGGGCACAAAAUGUUAUAGAAUUGGUGCAGCAUGAAAUGAAUCACGGAACAAGAUGCAAUUCACCUGAGUGUAGCUUUUGGGACUAUCCUUCUCUCCGUAGAUGUAUGUUUAUUAAAGAACUUGGAACUAGCAUCAUUGUAAUUAUUAUUGCUGCUUGAACACUCCUUGGUUUAUGACUUAGUACUAAUGACGGCAAAGUUCUCAACUGCCAAAACUCAACCAUGCAAUUCGUAUCGUGCUGUAGUUUUGUUUAUCCUGUA